AUGCAGUAUAUAAAUACAAAUAAAUAAAUGUAUAUAUAUAUAUUUGUACACAUACCCACGGGUGUAUCAGCACAGCAUCAGCUGGCUAGGAAAGGGUAUGGCACAUCCAGAGGGAUCCAGGGAGCCACUGCCUGCCUGGUUAUUCUCAUGCUGAUUUGGGCUGAAAAGAAGAGGCUGAACAAAGGGACAGAUGUGGUGGAGAAAAGGGGUCCAUACAUCAUGAGCAAACCUCCCUCUAUUCAGGCCAAGCUGAAGAGGCAGCGGGAGCUGGCAAAGACAGCACUGCGAAGGCAGGGGCUGCUGGGGCCACCCACUGCCCCAAAACCAACUCCUAAAAGGUCUGUGAAAUUCAACAAGGGCUAUACGGCGCUCAGUCAGACAGCUGAUGAAAACCUGGUCUCCUUUGACUCAGAUAGUGACGGGGAGCCAGGAUCCAGGUGUUCCUCAGGAUACUCCUCCGCUGAGCAGGUGACCCAGGACCUGAGCCGGCAGCUGCUGCAGGACGGGUACCACCUCGACGAGGUCCCCGAUGAUGAAGACCUGGAUCUCAUCCCCCCAAAACCCGCUGCCUCCUCUUCUUGCCCCUGCUGUUUUGGAGAAAAUCUCUCCUGCACGAUUCAGUAGCUGCACAAGAACAGGUCAAAAUCCAGCACUUUCUUUGUCCCGUGGGAUGGGUGGUGGGUGUCCAGGUCUCACGGCAGGACGGUGACACAAGGACUGAACGAUGCUGCUCGUGGCAGAGACCAACUGACCCCAAAAGACUUCUCCUUACACUCAGCAAUAGCAGGGGGAGGUGGCACAGUGACAUUUCGGUGUCCUGGAUGGGACCUGGCACUUGGCUGGGGUGGGAAGGGAGGUCAGGCAGAGCCCAGCACCUUCACAGGGAUAUAAAGGGAAGGAUUUGGGAGUUUCUAGGGUUGGAGCUAAUGGCUUAUUCCCAUUCUCCUCAAUGCUGCUUUGAUACAGGGGAGACACAGCCCAGGCCCCCCUGUCCCAGCUCCACACAGGGCUUGUAUUUGGGGGGCUGGAGAGCCUCCCUGCUGCAAACCAUAAAUGCUGCCUUAAACCAUGGUCCUGCUCUAUGACGUAGAGGACAAUCAGCUUCUUUUACAGAAACCUUAUUUAAGUAUUUCAUGUCAAGAGACCUAAACCAAUUGGGUGGGGGGCAUGGUUGUUUUUGUAUUUUACUUGUAAAAGGGAGCACUCAAUAAAGCAGAUCUCAUUACUCAGAA